UAAUUUGUCAAUGUCGUUAUCAGCAGUAAGAAUCGCCAAAUGUUAUAAAAAAUUAGGAUUCAUAAAUUCAAGGUCAAGUCGAUUUUGAGAUUUGAUAAUUAUAAUAUAUAAUGUGUAGCUAACGGUAUCUUGUUGUGUCUAAGUGAAUUUGUAGCGAAAAACAUUUCAAAAUGUUUAGACAUUUAUUAAGGACUAUGGCAAAGUCGAAAGUGGUUUCGACUAGAUUUAACGGUAAAUUAUUAAGUUUAGGCAAUUACAGAAGUAUUGUGCCUUUAUCAACGACUCGACUUCACUUGCAAGAAGAUAAGAUAAAAGUAACAUUUGUAAUGCCAGAUGGACGGAGUCUGGAGGCUGAUGGUAAAGUUGGCGACAGUCUUCUUGAUGUAGUGGUGAACAAUGACCUUGAUAUUGAUGGGUAUGGAGCAUGUGAGGGAACUGUGACUUGCUCAACAUGUCAUGUUGUGCUUAAGCAAGAAGAUUAUGACAAGCUACCAGACGACGCUUGUGAUGAGGAACGUGACAUGCUUGAUCUGGCCUAUGGUCUCACAGACACUUCAAGACUUGGCUGCCAGAUUACCUUAACUAAAGAUUUGGACGGUUUGGUAGUGAAAGUCCCAGCAGGAACAUAUGAUGCACGCAGUUGAUAUAUUACGAUUGUAUUGGGACUGUGGCGGGCACAUUUGCAUCUGUUGUAUUUAUUUUUUAUUCUAAGUAGGUGAUAGUUUCUGUGCCGACGAACCCAAAAAUUUAUUUAUGUUUAAACAUAUCUGUUCUUUAAAAAGAAAUUGAAAAAUUAGGUGCAGAAGUGUGUCUGUUUCAUGCCUAUUAAAUAGCAAAUUAGAGAAGGGCAUUUCAAAGAAGAAUGAAUUAUUCAUUAUUAUACUAUCGGUGUGAAUUCAUCUUUAAAAAAACUGUCUUAGAUACUUAACUCAAAUCAGUCUCAGUGUAAGGAGAAUGUUAAGUGGACAAAUUAAACUAAAGUUUAAUUGAAAAUUAACAUUCCUAAACUAUAAAUCUC